AUGCGAGAAUCCGUUAGUGCUGAAGAAAGACUGGCAGUUACAUCAAGGUAUCUUGGGACCGGAACUUUCCGCUCACUGCACUUUGAGUUCCUACUUGGUCGGUCUACUAUAGCUAGCAUUAUUUGGGAUACAUGUGUGGCAAUAUGGGAGGUGCUCAGGGAAGAGUUUAUGAAAGAACCAAGCAUGGAAGACUGGAUGGAGAUCAGCGAAAAGUAUGAGAGAAGGGAAAAUUUCCCUCACUGUGUGGGGUCCAUUGACAGGAAGCAUAUCAGGAUUAUCAAACCAUGGGGUUCAGGAAAUGAGUUUUUAAACUAUAAGAAGUUUUCCUCUAUUGUACUUGUGGCGGUGGCAGAUAGUGACUACUGUUUUAGGUACAUAGAUGUUGGUGGGUUCGGACAUGAAGGUGACUCAAAUCUGUUCAAAGCGACUGAAUUGGGAAAGAGACUUUACAGCCAAUCACUGCAUUUACCACAGCCUAGGCCACUUCCUAAUGAACAAAAUGGUCAAUCUGUUCCUUUUGAGUUCAUGGCUGAUGAGGCAUUUGCUCUCAGUGAGCAUGUUUUGAGACCGUUCCCUGCGAAGACUCUGACGCACGAAAAGAAAGUGUUUAAUUACGGGUUAUCCAGAGCCAGAAUAUUUGUUGAAUGCGCAUUUGGCAUCUUACCCAACAAGUGGCGAGUUUUCCAUCGCCCAUUAGAUGUUAGCAUGGAUCUCUCAGAUACUAUUGUAAAAGCAUGAUGCAUACUACAUAACUUUGUAACGAGACAAGACGGUUAUAACUUUGAGGAUGCAUUAUGCUGCUCACUGGAAAGUGUUUCUGCACAGGGAACAAGAGGAAAUAGAAGUGGAAAACAGAGAAGAGACUAUUUUGCCAAUUAUUUCUGCUCUACACAUGGUUCCAUCCCGUGGCAAGAUCGGCUUGUGUAAUUGAUAUAUCCUUUGUAAACUUCGUGCAAAUAGUGAACUGAAGC